GCGGAGUCUCCCUGGCACCGGCAGGAGGGUGCCCGGCGCGGAGCACCCAGGCAUUGGUCCGGGAACUUUUCACGUCAUUUUCUGCUCGGCAGCUCGGCACCCGGGUUCCGCUGCCCAUGGGGCAGGGCUAGAGGAGCUUGCGGCGCCGCGCUGACCCGGACGGACGCCCGUGAUGUCCGGCCCGGACUCGGAGGACUCCCCCCCUUGUCUCAACUGGUCAUCCGCCGCGGAGCUGAACGCGACUCGGGGGCCCUUCGCCAGCCCCAGCGACUAUGACGACGAGGAAUUCCUGCGCUACCUGUGGAGGGAGUACCUGCACCCCAAGGAGUACGAGUGGGUCCUGAUCGCCGGCUACAUCAUCGUGUUCGUGGUGGCCCUCGUCGGGAACGUGCUGGUUUGUGUGGCAGUGUGGAAAAAUCACCACAUGAGGACAGUAACCAACUACUUCAUCGUGAACCUCUCUCUGGCCGACGUGCUAGUCACCAUCACCUGCCUGCCGGCCACUUUGGUUGUGGACAUCACUGAGACCUGGUUCUUCGGACAGUCCCUCUGCAAAGUGAUUCCCUAUUUACAGACCGUGUCAGUGUCCGUCUCUGUCCUCACCCUGAGCUGCAUCGCCCUGGAUCGAUGGUACGCCAUCUGUCACCCUCUGAUGUUUAAGAGCACCGCCAAGCGUGCCCGGAACAGCAUCGUCGUCAUCUGGAUCGUGUCCUGCAUCAUCAUGAUUCCUCAGGCCAUCGUCAUGGAGUGCAGCACCGUGCUCCCAGGCUUGGCCAACAAGACCACUCUCUUUACCGUGUGUGAUGAGCACUGGGCUGGUGAAAUUUACCCGAAGAUGUAUCACAUCUGUUUCUUUCUGGUUACAUACAUGGCCCCCCUGUGUCUUAUGGUAUUGGCCUAUCUACAAAUAUUUAGAAAACUAUGGUGCAGGCAGAUCCCCGGGACAUCGUCUGUGGUUCAGAGGAAAUGGAAGCCCCUGCAGCCGGUUUCCCAGCUCAGAGGGCCAGGACAGCAGACCAAGUCCAGGAUUAGCGCCGUGGCCGCUGAAAUAAAGCAGAUCCGAGCCAGACGGAAAACAGCUCGGAUGCUCAUGGUGGUGCUUUUGGUGUUUGCAAUCUGCUAUCUGCCAAUUAGCAUUCUCAAUGUGCUAAAAAGGGUAUUUGGAAUGUUUGCUCAUACGGAAGACAGAGAGACGGUAUAUGCCUGGUUUACAUUUUCACACUGGCUUGUGUAUGCCAAUAGUGCUGCGAACCCAAUUAUUUAUAAUUUUCUCAGUGGAAAAUUUCGAGAGGAAUUUAAAGCCGCAUUUUCCUGUUGUUGCCUGGGAGGUCACCAUCGCCAAGAGGACCGACUCAGCAGGGGCAGGACCAGCACUGAGAGUCGGAAAUCUCUCACCACCCAGAUCAGCAACUUGGACAACAUCUCCAAGCUCUCAGAGCAGGUCGUGCUCACCAGCAUAAGCACACUCCCGGCCGCUAACGGAGCAGGACCCCUGCAGAGCUGGUAUCUACAACAGGGGCCGCCUUCAUCAUCCUCACUGCUCUCCACCUGGUUGGAAGUCUGAACAAAGAGGCAUGUGUUGUGUCACUGGGAGUCAGCUCAAGGACAUCAUGGUUUCAGAGUGAUUGUCACUACGCUGCCAGUGCAGAAUGAAAGACCUGUUUUGCAGCACCUGGGUGCUUCGUGGAUGCCUGGAUGACUUGAAAAGUUGCAUUUCCCAAUCCAAUUACCCUCCCGGAAGUCUAUUUUCUAAAAUGAGACUGUUUCUAAGAAUGGUCAUCAUAUGGAAAAAAAAGCAAACACACAGCAGUACUGACAGAACUGUGGGAAUGGAAUAACAGACUGGACACAUUGCGUUCAAUAUGCUGGUACAAAUUCUCUUCAGAGCAGCCCGGAUUUAAUAUAGUACUUAAUAAGACAUGCGGCACAGACACAGGUGUUACCCAAAUCUGCCAGUCUUAUGGAACAAAGGGUCAACUACUUCGUUCUGUGCUAAUAACACAAAUGAGAAGACUUAUGAAAAGAAUGUUUUAUGCUAUACUUAUAGUAUGUAUCUCUUUUUUUUUGCUGUAUCUCAAGACAAUGUAAAAUAAUACUGAAUUUUUGUACUAAUAGUGAGGAGGCAAA